AUGUGGAAAAGCGAGUCGAACCCGAUGGUGGCCACAUCACCACCUGGGUCGUGCUUGCCCACCUCCAGUUUCACCUCUGCAAUGCCAAGGGCGUCAGGAGUGCUACCGCAAGAGGAGGGGAAUUCGCAGCUGAAUGCAACAAGUGAAAAGCUGAACGCGCAGCAUCUGACACCACCUACAGACCCCCGCGCACGUCACCAUCACAGUCGAGAAAGCAGUAGUGCUGAAUCACGUGACUUUGUCGAUGAACUGGCUAGCAGCGCCUUUCAAGACUGCCGCAGCGCUGCACAGGUGCUCACGGCGUACUCGGCGCAACAGCUAGCCUCCUUCACGGAUGCCAUUUCGUCUACGGUGAGGGACACAAGCGCCGGGUCGCCUGGCAUGCCGCGAAUCCGCACGUUUCAUCGCGUCGAUAGCGACGACGAUGAUGACAGCGAGGAUCACUCUGGCGACCAAGCCGACACGGCAGAUGACCGGGACGACGCGGCGAGUGAGCCGGUUGCCGAGCAAGACGCUACAAUUGAAGCCAUCGUACCCGUCGUUGACGAUGACCCGGCAUUGUUGCCGCGCGAGGCGCAUGAGGGCGCUCAGGAGGUGGUGCGCUCUCACCAGGGCACUGAUGUGGCCUCUGAGGACACCUCGUCGGACAGCCUGGAGGGUGCGUGGGCGGCCCGCCAUGGGAAGGAACAGCGGUGGGAAGGGCGACCAUCGAUUGCGAGCAGCAACCUCAGCCUCGGAGAUGCUAACUCAGCAGUAUCGCCCUCUGCGGCUUCGUCUUCGGCAGUCUCGCGGCAUGCUGACUCAGCGGAGUGGGCUGCAACACGCAAGACGGCGCUGGAACAACUGCGCGCGAACUUUGAUCACCCAUCCAGGACUGUCGCCUUUCUCGCCCCUCAGCGCCGAUCAUCGAGCCUAUUUGCGCGACGUGAACCCGGAAAGGCGCACUUACCACACUCCCCGUCCAAUGCGUUGGUCAGUGGUGAGCACGCCUUGCAGCCGUCUGACUCGUUCGAGGAUCUUUCAAAGGCUCCCCUUUCCAGCGACAGAGCGAUGCCGUCGGCGAAGCGAGACCCUCUCCGUGCCGAGGGUAAGACGGCGGCGAGCAUCCUUGGCGAGCUUCUCGGUGAUUCCUGGAUCGGCGACACUGCCGUCGCAGGUCAGCUAUCACAAUCACAAAAGGAGCUGGCAGCGUAUGGCAGCUUGAACGAGGGGGAGAGCCGUGCAUUGCUCAGCGAAAAGGUUACCACACCGGUGAAACCAGCAGCAGCCUCAGCGGCAACGCCGGUGGUGACACAAAGUCUGAGCGGCAGUCGUUUCAUCGUUCGCCCUGCGCUGAGCACUGAUGUGAGUGGUAUCAGCCCCAUCAAGAAAGACGUGCCAUCGAUUCUGGCAGACCUGUACGGCACACCGGACACUAGGCCGCCGGCAGUGGCGAUGCUGCAAACCCCUCUUGCUAGCUUGGCCACGACAACACCCCCUCCGCCCGCACACGGGAGGCGGAGUUUGCAAAGUGCGCUGGAGGCGAUGCAGGAACCAUCCGUCGAUGUGGCCACGGUGGACUUUCACACCGCGCAAACGGCGCCGUCCGCUGCCUCUGCGUGCGCUGAGGAGACAAACGUUUCUGGUCGCGUGACCGACGCCACCGUCACCACCGAGGCCUCUGCAUAUGAGUCUCAGCACCCGCUUCAGAGCCUUCGCGUGAAUCGAGUCGAUGACGCACCGCUUGUCGGCCAGCGGCUCGUGUGCUCUGGCGUCGUUCUCCAUCCCGAAGACGGCGAUGGUGCUAGGCCAGGGCUGCAACGGGAUCCAAAGGCACCCCUACCCACAGAGGGCGCGCCGAGAUCCUGGGACACGUCGCGAGUGAACAGGUGGCGCUCCGAGCAGCGCCAGGCCCUGGUGCACGCGGAGCACUCGGUGGCGGAGGCGUCGGCGGCCACAUCUGCGCACGAGAACACGGCACUGACGCGGUCUGCGGAGUGGCGGCAGCAGCGCGUCAAGGAGGAGAUGCGGGCCAAGGAGAUGGCAGAGUGCACCUUUCAACCGCUUCUCUCGCCUGGUACGCGAGCCAUGGUGCGGCUUGCGCAGGAGCGGGAAUUGGAGAGAACGCUUCAGGAAGAGGAGGAUGGAGCAGGGACGCAGUCUGCCAGAACGCGCCCCAAGUCGGCGCGAACGGACUCCCAACAGCCAUCUCUAGACCCUUCCACCCUGAAGGCAACCUUACAGUCUGUGUACAAGCGUCUUUAUCCAGCGGAGCUGUCGGCGGCGGCGUCACGUCGGCAAAUCCUUGAUCAAGAGAUGGAGUACCGCCGUCUCGCACGAGAGGAGCUGAUUCUACUGCGACAUCGCUGCGGCGUUGCUCGACGCGCGCCUCGCUGCAGCGGUGCGGCCCGCUCACGCGACACAUUCAGUUCUUUCAUGAGCACGAUCUUGCAGAUAGACUGGGAGGAAGCCAUUGCAGCAACAGCUGUGCCACGGUUGGGUGCCGCGGCGUCAUUGUCCACUCAGUCACGCCCGACAGGCAGCGCUGUGGCGCAGGUGGCCGUAUUGCAGACAUCGUACAUGUCGCCCAUGGCCGUGGCGCUCUUGGAGGAGAAGAAGGCCAAGCGGAAGUACAACUCCCGGCGCCUAGCAGAAAUGCACGGACAACAUGCUGAAGUGGGUGAUGCAGGGGCGGGGGGCGGGGCUGAUCGCCGUGGCACGGCGCAGUCGCCGGCAGACAGCGCGGAGGCUACGCGCGCCGAGGAGAGCUUCCGGGUUGCCCUCUUUGACGAAUUCCUGCUACGGCAGAACGCAUACUAUUUUAACCGUUCUCGAACGGUGCGUGAGCUGGAGAAGCAGAUGACCCCCGUCUUCACCCCGAGGACAACAAGUACAAGCGCGCGGCUCGUGCAGGACAUGGUGUCGAGGUCGCUUGUGAACGAGUCCAUGGGCCCAGAAACGUCCUCUAUCGUGGCGCAACGGGAGCGGCAACGCGUUCCAUUCACGUCGCUGUUUGUGAAGCCGCAUGCCUCGCCGUACGUUGACCCGUGCACCUUCAAGCCAAAUAUAUCACCGGCAGCGCGCGUCGCCAAGGAGGAGGACCGCCGUCGCCGGUGCGCCAACAAGCAAACCCCCGCAGUGCAGCAGCAGGGCUUCUUCGAGCGGCUUUAUGCUGAUGAACAGCGUAGGGCAAAGCAUCGCGAGGCGGCCAAAAAGCACGCUGAGGCGAAGGAGGUGGAGGGGCUAACGUUUCGGCCAAAGCUCAAUGUGAAGUGCAACGCCCGGAUCCACUCUAUGCUGAACCCUCGCAACUACCAGCCGUACCAGGUCUACCUGCUCGAGAAGCGUCAGCUGCUCGAGGCAAAACGCAAGGAGCAGGCGACGGAGGCCCAGCAGGCGGAGGAAGACGUGUGCACCUUCCGUCCGCAGACCACAAGGAAGCCAACGUACAUUACUAAAAUGGCAAAGUGCUUCGGCGUGCUGCGACAGCAGGAUGCUGAGUUUUAA